AUGUCAUCAUCUCAAACACGAUUUCGUGUCAAUAUUACUACAAAUAACAUUUUGUUGAGUCAUUUAAGCAUAACACAAAUUUUAUUAUCACUGGUAUUUCUGAUAUUUUCAUUCCCGGUGAUAGUUAUAAAUGGUGCUUGGAUAGCGUCCGCAGAAUUUUCGUGUAAAUUGAAUGGAUUUUUAUUAAUAACUCUGCAUCCACUUGUCUUGUGGACUAUUUGUGGUCUAAAUUGGGAUCGAUUUUACGCUAUAUCGGCUCCAUUACAUUAUAAUACAAUUGUCACGAAUAAAAAGGUUACACUCGGCUUGAUCACCGGUUGGAUUGGUAUACUAUUUCUAUCAAUACCAACAUUUACUACUGUUGCACCUCAUAAAUUUAACCCAACUGCGUUUGUCUGCACACCAAACUUUUCAGCUCAAAACUCGUUAUGGUACGCAAGUAUAUUUACUUUUACUACCUUAAUAGUUCCAGGAAUAAUAAUAAUAAUCUGCAACAUUAAGGUUUUAAUGAUUGCUCGUAAUCACCGGCAUAGAAUUGCUGCGGCCAUAUAUGAAGUGACAUUGUCCGCUCAAGUAACAAUUACUCAUCAGCGUAAUCCUUUUUUAAAUUCAUCAGUAACAGCUCCAGCAUCUGGGAGCCCAUUAUUUCGAUCACGUUCACCUGUAUCAAUGGUGUUACAAUUAAUAAUAUCAUUUAUUUUAAUUUACUUACCAUAUUACUUAUCAAUCAUUUCCAACAGCUUGGCUUCUUUUAUAUAUAAUAAAAAAACAAAUGACAUCGCCAGUUAUGAAGCCGAUGGUAUACCUAAAUUAAUUAAUAAAGCAAAUCAAUAUAUUGUGUUAGUAUCUCAAUGUUCUUUAACAAGUUCAACGGUUAUAAAUGCAUUUUUAUAUGGAUUUAAAAAUAAAACAAUCAGAACAACAUUUCAUAAUUAUUGGCGUAAAAAGCGUACCAAAAAUGAAAUUCACCAAGAAAUACAAGCUAGAACGCCCUCAAUGUGUGGUUCCCGACGGCCAUCUUUAUCAAAUUCAAAUUUUUUAAUAAACCCUUUAUUGCAACGACGUUUGCCCUUAACGUUUAGUGAUGCUGAGCAGCGUUCAGUGUGCACCAGUCCAAAUCACGAAAUGGAGACAAGCAACAUUAAAUAUAUCAGAUUGGAUUUAUCAAGAAACGACAUAACUUGCUGUUACCCCAGCUACAUUCAGCAAAAUGUUGUUUUCCUACGAAGUCAUAAGCCAAAUUUGGAUAGGUUAAAUUUAAAUCAUUCAUUAGAACUUCUUGCAACAAAAAAUUUAUUGAAAACAUUACACACAGGUAUGGAUGAAAAAAAAAAAGCUGAGUCUAUUCGAGAAAUACGUCUUUCGGAAACUUUUUUUAGAAAGUAUUUGUCAAUUUGUAAUUUACAAGAAUAUAUUGAAAAUUUUGAUUUUAAAAGCAAUUAUGAAUUGGCAGAAUUCUGUAAAAGAAAUAGAGCAACUAACGACAAAAUUUUUGAAACAAACGAUGAAAGAGCUGGCAUUGAAUAUAUAGAUGAACUCGACAAUAUAUAUACUUGUUUUUGGAGUGGUUCUACUUCUUUUUCAUUUUCCAGAUUACAGCAGCGCAAAUAUUCAUCAAUGAAAGAUACCUUUACUUUAAAUGAAGAACACCAAAAAAUAGAGGAACAACUUUUAUUGUCUUGGCCAACAACAAGAAAAAAAUUGAAACUUUAUGCCAGCUCAACUUUUAACAGAAAAAAAUUUUCAAAAAAAUACGAAAACAUGUAUCCAUUAAAUGCUCGUCAGUUAGUUUUGUCGUUCCGUAGGUAUGGUAAAAAAUGUAAUAUCAGCACUCAGAUCAGU